AUGUCUUCACACGCGAGCCGCGGUGAGUCGCAUGCCGGCGUACUUCAUGAAUAUGCUCCGCGACUGGUGGCCUUCGAGUUCACCCCACCAUCAGACGUCAACAAACUCCAUAGCCUGAUCUUCGUGGGAGGUCUGACAGAUGGAUUCUGCACAGUCCCAUAUGUCUCCAAACUAGCUAAGGCAUUGGAAAACACCGAGUGGUCUGUCUUUUCCGUGUUGCUCUCCUCUUCCUAUGGCGGAUGGGGAGUGGGAAGCCUCGAUCGCGAUGUAGAAGAACUCGGCCACUGCGUCCGAUUCAUUCGCGAUCUUAAGGCAUCUCGACAGCCCGGUCCUACAGCGAGCUCCGCAAAGAUCGCAAUCAUGGGUCACUCCACAGGUAGCCAAGAUGUCCUUCACUACCUGUAUUCGCCCAACCCCACCUCACAGGCGCCUUUGCGUCGCCCUGAACUUGACGGUGCCAUUCUGCAGGCUCCUGCCUCAGACAGAGAAGGCCUACAAGCAAUCAUCGCCGAAUCGUCAAACCCCGAUGAGCUUAAGAAGGUGUACAAUGACCUCGUGGACUUUUCUAAGCAGAACUUAUCCACCAAGGACAACAUCGAUAAUGUCCUCCCAAUGCAUCUCACUUCAAGGCUUUCGUAUCCUGCCGACACGCCGUUGAGUGCUCGCCGAUUCUUGAGCUUGGUCAGCCCUGAAAGCCCUGAACAUCCAUCUGAGGAUGAUCUCUUCAGCUCUGACUUGAGCGACGAGCGCCUGCAGGAGACGUUUGGGAAGAUCGGUACUCAAGGAAAUAUCCAAUCUAAGCUGCUGUUUUUGUAUUCUGGCAAUGAUGAAUACUGCCCACACUGGGUGGACAAGCAAAAACUGUUGCAGAGGUGGCAGCAGGCCACUGAAGCCGGAGGCGGCUCAUGGGAUACGGAAAACAGCGGUGUGAUUGUCGGAGCCAGCCACAAUGUCAAGGGUGAGGGCCAACAGGAGCUUAUUGAUCGCGUUCUACGAUACCUGCACAGUAUCUAA